GGCGUAGGGCGUGUAUUAGAACCAGGCACCAUUUCCUUCAGCACAGAAAACGUCAGGAGGAGAACCCCCAAGCGCCAGUCCCCUGCUUCCGCGUCUCCCCUUGCCUGGGACGUGGAACACAGGCCGCCUCCAGACUGGAGCCUGCCGACCGAGGACCCUGACCGCGGUUCAGCAAGGGUGUUCGAGGCGCGGCGUGGCUGGAGUCGAGGGGGAGCCGCAAUCAUGGAGCUCUUCCGCAGCGAGGAGAUGCAGCUGUGCCAGCUGAUGAUCCCGGCCGAGGCCGCCCACGACACGGUGGCUGCGCUGGGCGAGGUGGGCAUGCUUCAGUUCAAGGACCUCAACGCCGACCGCACCGCCUUCCAGCGCACCUACGCCAACCAGAUCAAGCGGUGCGACGAGAUGGCGCGCCAGCUGCGCUUCUUCACCGCGGAGGUGGAGAAGGCGGGCAUCCCCGUCGCACCCCGCCUCUCCUCCGAGCAGGGUGCGCUGGACUUUGAUGGUCUGGAGGCCAAGCUGGCGCAGCUGGAGGGGGAGCUGCUGGAGCUCAACGGCAACUCCGACCGCCUGCACCGCUCCCACAACGAGCUGCUGGAGCUGCAGCUGGUGCUGGAGCGGGCGGCGUCCUUCUUUGAGGAUGCCCGCUCCUCAGCCGACCGCGCACAGCGCGAGAGCGCCACCGCCGCCUACUCCGACAGCGCCGUCACCCCCGACAUAGGUGCGCCGCUGCUGGAGAGCGCGCAGGCGUUUGAGCCCAAGGCGGUGCAGCUGGGGUUUGUGGCGGGCACCAUCCCGGUCGAGAAGCUGGCGCCCUUUGAGCGCCUGCUCUUCCGCGCCACACGCGGCAACAUGUUCCUCAAGUUCACGCCGGUCGGCUCCGUAGCGGACCCCGCCACGGGCGAGCGCCAGGAGAAGGCGGUGUUUGUGGUGUUCUUUGCGGGCGAGCGCGCGCGCCAGAAGAUCCUCAAAAUCUGCGAGGCCUUCUCCGCCAACCGCUACCCCUUCCCCGACGACCUCUCCCGCCAGCGCCAGAUGAACGCAGAGGUCAACGGCCGCCUGCGGGAGCUGCACACGACGCUGGAGGCGGGGGACCGGCUGCGUGAGGGCGUGCUGCAGGCCAUCGCGCUCAACCUGGAUGCCUGGAGCGUGCAGGUGCGGCGCGAGAAGGGCAUCUACCACACCCUGAACAAGCUCAGCGUGGAUGUGACGCGCAAGGUACUGGUGGCGGAGGCUUGGGUGCCGGUGGCGGCCAAGGUGCGGGUGCAGGACGCGCUGCGCACGGCGGCCGCGCGCGCCGCCUCCCCCGUCGGCACCGUCUUCCAGCCCAUGAUCACGUACGAGCCGCCGCCGACGUACCACCAGACCGCCAAGCAGACGGCGGCCUUCCAGGACAUCGUGGAUGCCUACGGCAUCGCACGGUAUCGCGAGGCCAACCCCGCCGUCUUCACCAUCAUCUCCUUCCCCUUCUUGUUUGCCGUCAUGUUUGGCGACAUCGGCCACGGCCUCCUCAUGCUCAUGUUCGCCCUCGUGCUGGUGCUGCGCGAGCGGCAGAUGGCCAAGCAGGACCUGGGCGACAUCCUGGGCAUGAUGUUUGGCGGCCGCUACAUCAUCCUGCUCAUGUCUCUCUUCUCCAUCUACACAGGACUCAUCUACAACGAAAUGUUCUCAGUAGUGACCACCCUGUUUGGCACCACCCGCUUUGCCUGCGCCACCAACCACAAGCUGACCGAUGCUGUGGCCAUCCAGAUGAAGCCCGAGCUGUGCCCCUCCGCCUUCACCACCGGCCUGGACAUGACGACCCCCGGCAGCCCCUUUGUGUUUGGCGUGGACCCCGCCUGGCACGGCACCCGCACCGAGCUGCAGUUCCUCAACUCUGUCAAGAUGAAGAUGAGCAUCCUGAUGGGGGUGGUGCAGAUGAACGCGGGCAUCAUCCUGUCCUUCUUCAACCAGCGCUACUUCUCAGACAUGCUGUCCACGGUGUGCGAGUUCAUACCACAGAUGAUCUUCCUCAACGCCCUGUUUGGCUACCUCUGCAUCCUCAUCGUCAUGAAGUGGGCCACAGGCUCCACAGCAGACCUCUACCACACACUCAUCUACAUGUUCCUGUCGCCCGGCGACGUCGACUGCGGCGGCGCGUGCCCCGAGAACCAGCUGUUUGCCGGGCAGGCACAGGUGCAGGUCUUCCUGCUGCUGGUGGCCUUUGUGGCGGUGCCUUGGAUGCUGCUGCCCAAGCCCCUCAUCCUCAAGAAGCGCCACGAGAAGCGCACGCAGCAGGCGGCGGCGGGGCACAGCCGCGCCGCCGCGCAGACGUCGGGCGCGCACGCCGGCGGCGGGCACGGCGACGGGCACGGCGAGGAGUUUGAGUUUGGGGAAGUCAUGGUGCACCAGAUGAUCCACACCAUUGAGUUUGUGCUGGGAGCCGUCUCCAACACCGCCUCCUACCUCCGCCUCUGGGCCCUGUCCCUGGCACACUCACAGGCACGCCCCUGGCCGCCCGCGCGCCUGCGCCGCCGCCGCCGCCGCCGCCGCCUCCCGCGGGCCGGCCCUCGCUCCUCAGCCGGCCUGCGGCGGCGCGGCCUGCGCAGCAGCACCCGCCCCUUCUUCGUGUUUGCGUGCGCCACCCUGGGCGUGCUCAUGGUCAUGGAGUCGCUGUCUGCCUUCCUGCACGCCCUGCGUCUUCACUGGGUGGAGUUCCAGAACAAGUUCUAUCAUGGGGAUGGCUACCAGUUCACUCCCUUCAGCUUUGAGACGCUGGAGCCGCUGUGA